AUGUGUGUAAGAUCGAUUCCCUCUAUACAGACCGUUCAUGUUCACCCCUCUUUUUCCGAAGCUCCUAUGAGCUACGCAGAGGACGACAAAGGUCCUUUCAUAGUCCAUGUCUCACGAGAAGUCUCAGACCCAGCCUCAGGAACUACGAUCCGAGCCAUUAAAUUUGGUCAGUUCUUACAUACAAAUAAAAUUAAAUCCGUUGUUAAUGACGGCGUUAAGAACGUUGGACGAAAUAAAAUUUCUGUACAAUUUACUUCUGCAGAAGCAGCCAACUCUUUUUUAUCUAAUCCGGUUCUCGACUUGUGUAAAUAUAAAACUACUGUACCGACAUACAACAUCACUAGAAUCGGCUUGGUUAAAGGCGUACCAGUAGACUGGUCUAUGCAGGAACUAGUUGAGUCCUUGGAGCUUCCCUCCGGUUGUGGACAGGUCAUGAAGGCCCGACGUCUAAAUAGAAAAACAAUAAGCGAAGGUACUGUUACUUGGAUACCUACUCAAUCUGUUGUCCUGACUUUCAGGGGGCAAAUGCUCCCAGAAAAAAUAUAUUCCUACCAUACAUCCCUUCCCGUAGAAAUUUAUAAGUUCCCGACAAUCCAAUGUCUCAUCUGCUGUCGUUAUAGUCACAUAAAAACUCAGUGUAGGUCAAAGCCUAGAUGCUAUAAAUGUGCGCAGCCUCAUACUGGUGAGUCAUGUGAGGUUUCUGAAGAUAAUGCGACAUGUUUACACUGUUCAGGCAAACAUUUUACUAUCAAUAAGUCCUGUCCAGAGUUUUCUCGUCAGCAAUCCAUCAAGGUCAUCAUGGCACAGGAGAGCAUUUCGUACUUGGAAGCAUCCUCCCGUAUCCCCCUUCCACUAGAUCCUAUGCAGAAGUAG